AUGACCAAGAAUAAAACAAAGAAAACUACAUAUGGAAAGAAAGAUAAAUUAAAGAAAAGGAUUAAACAUAAACUAAAGAAGACGGUUGAAAGCUAUUCAGAUGAUCCGGUGAAAUUAAAGGAGAUGGAUGAUCUUGUGAAGGAACUGACAAAAUUAGACACUAUAAAAUGUGAAGUUGAAGAGGCUGACAGGUUCAAGAGAUACUUUUCAAAAAGCGAAAAUGUUGAAGACAUGCCCGAAAAUGCAGCAGACAUCUGCGCUGGUCCAUUGGGGAUUGAUGAGUUUGAGCACAUUGUCGAAAUAGCCGAUGAUACUCAAAUCGAAGAGACAAUCGACGACAAGAUUGGUGAAAUCAAGAGUGCAUUGAAAAACAGUAGAGUGGUAAUUGUGCAGGGUAAUACUGGAUGUGGGAAGACAACUAAAAUUCCAAGAAUGCUGAUGGAUGAGUACCGCAAAAUUGUUUGCACACAGCCAAGGAGGCUUGCAGCCAUCAGUGUAGCUAGAAAAGUAGCUGGUGAUGUAGGAUGUGAUCUUGGGUCUAAAGUCGGAUACACAGUUAGGUUUGAUGACAAAACCUCUUCAAAAACAAGACUCAAGUUUGCAACUGAUGGGGUUUUAAUCAAAGAAAUAUAUUCAAAGCAGGUGAGGCUUAUGCACAGCCAUAGAAAAAAGAAAAAUAUGAAGAAAAUAGCGGGAUACGAUUUGAUUGUGAUUGACGAGGCACAUGAGAGAACAGUGAAUAUUGACUUUCUGCUUGGAUUCAUCAAGAGGGCUUUGCAAAGCGAGAAGGCCAGGACUAGGCUAUUAAUAAUGAGUGCCACGCUCAACACAGAAAGGUUUGUUGAGUACUUCCAAUGUCCAUUGGUUACUAUCAAGCACAGAUCAUACAACAUUGAGUAUUUUUAUUUAAAGUACGACUGCGACGACUAUCUUUCAGUGUGUAUAAGAACAGCACAGGCGAUCAUUGAACGAGAAAGGGACGGAGACGUUCUUGUGUUUUUAACUGGCCAGGACGAGAUUGAGCGUGCACAUUUUAUACUUUCCGGCAAGCUCUCAGGUGCCGAUGUGGUUAUUCUAAAACUUUUUUCAACCAUGCCACCUGAGGAGCAGGAUUUAGUAUUCCAGCAUAGUGCCAGAAAGAUAAUAUUGAGCACAAACAUUGCCGAGACAUCGAUCACUAUCGAAAACAUAAAGUUUGUGGUCGACAGUGGAGUGUUUAAGGCCAAGAGGUACUAUGCCUGCAAUGCCAUUGAUUCUCUCGAUCUGAUCGAAAUCUCAAAGGCACAAGCUAAGCAAAGGGCCGGCAGGGCUGGAAGAACACAGCCCGGAAAGGUGUUUAGAAUCUACAGCUAUAGCAGGUAUUUGCAGAUGGCAGACAAUCCUAUGCCUGAAAUUCUCAGGUCUAAGCUGCAUUCAACAGUUCUGUCUAUGAAAAGCCUUGGAAUCACUGAUGUUGAAAAUUUUGAUUUUAUUGAUGCGCCGUCACUGGAGAGUAUAAAUCAAGCAGAAUUGUUUUUGUAUUAUAUACGAGCGAUUGAUAAGAACGGAGUGAUCACAGACUUUGGGAGAGAGCUUGCAAAUAUUCCUCUGGAGCCUGAAACUGCAAUCAGUCUUGUUGCAGCCAAGAGAAUUGGCUGUCUGAAUGCAGUUGCCACGAUAUCAGCAUUUCUCGAGUACCAGACACCAUUUCUUGAACUAAGGUCGGAUCAUCCAGAAUAUAGGCGCUACAAGUCUGCGAGGUCGUACUUUUCACACCCAAAGGGCGACUUUUACUCAUUUCUUGUAAUAUUUUAUAGCUGGGAACAGUCAAAAUUUUCGUUUGGGUUUUUAAGAAAAAACUUUCUUAAUAUCAAAACAAUGGUCCAAAUACUCAAUGUCAGAGCACAAAUUCUGAGGCUAUUUCCACACUGCUCGGAUACAAGCUUGAGUAUUGAGAGGGCAUUUUGCACAGGAUUUUUUAUGAAGGCUGCUAAGAUAUCUGAAAAUGGCUAUAAAACAAUCUUUGGCGACGUUGAAUGCUAUAUCCACCCGAGGGACGGGCUGUUGUCAGCACAUCCGAAGUAUGUGGUUUUCUAUGAGCUAUUCAGUCUUAAAAAUGAAUAUAUGGGCCACUGCCUUGAAGUUUUACUUAGCGAUCUUCAGGAGCCAAUCAACCGGUUUGUGGCAAAAUAG